AUAUCGGGAAAAAAAAUUGGCAAGUGUUAUUUAACGACAGUGUUGAAAUUUUCCAAAUUUCAAGAGACGCGCGUGUUACGUUUUGACUGUUUCAUAGUAAGUUUUUGAUUUCUUGGAGUUAUCAAAAAAAUGGUAGAAACGAAGCCAGAUACUUUAAACACAUCUGCAGAGGGCGAUCAUGAUCCUCACUAUGAGCCAAUCGUUACAUUACCUCUCAAAGAAAUAAGGAAUUUUGAGGAGGACGAAAAUGAACUCUUUAAAAUGCACGCAAAAAUUUUCCGGUGGGCGUCCGAGUCUGAUCCCCCGGAAUGGAAAGAACGAGGUAGCGGGGACGUUAAAUUUCUUCAACAUAAAGAGACAAAACGUGUCCGAUUACUUAUGAGAAGAGAUAAAACUCUUAAACUAUGUGCCAACCAUUUUGUGGAUGAGUACAUGAAACUGGAGCCGCACUGCGGAAGCGAGAGAGCAUGGCUUUACAAAGCGUUUGCGGAUUUUUCAGACGACGAGCCAAAACCUGAAUUAUUGGUUAUCAGAUUUUACAACGCGGAACGAGCGACUGAAUUUAAAGAAAUGUUCGAUAAGUGCAUUGAAAUUAAUAAAAAUUUACCCAAAAUUGAGGAUCAAGAAGAACAGGAAAGUACUGAAAAACCGGAAACAACUCAAGAAUCGAAGGAAACAGCUGAAAAAUCGAAGGAAACCACUGAACUUGAAUCUGCCACUGAAAACCUGGAAGCACUGAAAAUAGAAAAGGGUGACAAAACUGAAAAUAACGACGAAAAAAAGACAGAAAAUGGUGAAAAAACUCCUGAAAAAUAUGACGGAAAAGUUGAAACUACCAAAACUGAGAGUUCACCAGAAAAAUAACAGAAUUAUCUGCCAAUUUAACUCAUUUUUUUGUAUGUUUCAGACUUUGAAUUUAGGAUUUUUUUCUAUAAUAAUAUGGAUUCUGGUAAAACAUGCAGGGGACGUUUCAACUUAUUGGAAAAAACAUUCUAAAUUAAAUGACCUCUUAGUUUGGUCGUUUUAUUUUUGAGUCUUAUACUCGCUUAUUUGCGUGGAUAUACGAUAUAUCACAUUUGUCAUGUCAUUUGAAUAGCCUGAGUCUUUGCUAAAUCAAGGCAUCAAAUUUCCCAUAGUUAAUAGUUGCAAUUCAUUACCACUGCCUUUUAUAUUUAAUUUACUUCACUACCAUAUGACCCCAUUGACUGCAAUACAUAACUUUGAUAAUCAUUUAUGUGUAGCUAGUCGGAAUAAUAUCAUUCCAACAAAUAGAAGUCAAUUCUGUCAAUCGAACUUAUGUCAAAUCUUUUAUAUUCUGGUUUGUUUACCCCUUAAUAACAUAAUUCACCGUUUCAAAUUCAUUGAAUGUAUCCCUAUUGACUGCAAUACAAUAACUUUGAUAAUUAUCACUCAUGUGUGACCUGUCGGAAUAAUGUCAUUUCAACAAAUAGGAGUCGAUGCUGACAAUCCCAAUUGGGUUAUAUUCGACAUAGAAUGCUUGAGGUUUAAAUAUAAUCAAUAAAUCUAAUUUUGGCAAUUCUUGGAGUUUAAAAAAAGAUUUGAUAAGUUCUUUAAUAUCAAAUAAAGGCUUUUUUAGCUUGUGAAUAAUAGUUUUUCACUCGAACCAUACAAAAUUUUUCCUAAAAUAAAAAUAUUGCAUAUUAUUAUCGGUAAUUUCAUUUAUUUUGGACAACAUGAAGGCAAAAAAGCAUGAUAAAGUGGCAUUAGCACCAUUCCUUUUAUGUGAGAUUGUUCCGACCAGCUAUAAUGCAUCAUUCCUUUUACACCUGAUUGUUCUGGUCAGUCAUGCUUCAGUGAUUUUCUAUUAGACCGUGCCUCAAUGCUGCUUUUCCAAUUAAUAAUAUCAUCCGUGUUUUUUCAAG